AUGGCAACGAUCACAAUUCCUUCCCCGUCAGCUUUCCUUCGAUCCCCCGGCAGCACACCUGCGCCCACGCACACGGCCAAGGUCUCCGUCAAGGCUUCUUCCAAAAAGAAGUCAGCGGUGGCAAAGCACAGUCGCAAGUCUGCAACCCACGCAAAUGCUCAUUCGAAGCCUAAACAAACAAAGAGUCGCGAUGGAUGUAGGACCUGCAAGGAAAAACGCUUGAAGUGUGACGAAACCAAGCCCGUCUGCCAACAAUGCGAUAAGAAGGGUGUCCAGUGCGAGGGAUAUGAAAAGGUUCUGAAAUGGCGCCCUCAAGAGGAUACGUUCAGGACCAAGCCUACAUCCCCAAGGCCAAGAAAGAAAUCCGUCACCUCAACCAGCUCCCGCUCUCUCCUGCCUCCCGUCCCCUUUCUACCGCCAGAAUCCUCCGGGUCACCCACCAGCAAUGACUUCCCACCCGUCCUCCCCGACUAUCCCACACCACCACAGUCUGCAGUCUCUCUCGUCUCCCAGCUUGUGCAUACAUCGCAUCCCGAGCCGCCCAUCCUCCCCUUCCAAACUGCACACGCUCACGAGGAGUUUUCUAUGUUGCAAAACCGUCUGAAGACAGAGAACAGCUUUCCUAGCUCCACACCCAGUCUCAUCAACGAUGGCUUCGAUGAUGAAGUACCUCCUCAAUCGGCAACGACAGCACCAUCAACUAUUUGGUCCGACAACUCUCCCAAGCUGGAGAAUCUCUUACUACCUGGCACAGAUCUCAACGCUAGGCCUUCUGACUACAUGGACUACGAACCUACACACAUAUACCGACCCAGCGGCUUUCCGAGCACUCCCCGCUUACAGACCUAUCCAUCCUCAGGUUCAGAGGACGACGUGGAAGAGAUCAUGCGAGAGCCGGAGCCCCCAGAUGCUUGGGCCAUGGCAUUCCCAUCACCAGUAUUCUCCGACUCUUCCUCCUCGUCCGACGGCUUCCGCUUCGACAUGCUCUCUGCAGCCAUCUACGGCCAGCCAAGACUACACCCUGACAGCGAAGAAAUGCUCACGCUGCGCUUCGACACCCAAACGUGCGGCAUACUUUCAAUAAAGGAUGGGCCGACCGAGAACCCAUGGAGGAUGAAGCUUUGGCCGAUGGCGAGAGAGUCGCCGGCGCUACGAUAUGCUAUCAAUGCAAUGACAGCAUUCCACGCGUCGAAGGAGAAGCCGUCUUUAAGAAUCAGGGGUAUGCAAGAUUUUGGCCAGAGUCUCAAACUUUUGUCAGCUGAGAUCCAAGAUACACGUAUAGACAUUUCGCUCGCUACAACACUUGUCUUGGCGUUCGCUGAGUCCUGGGACCAGCUGAUAUCUACGGGAAUUACGCAUCUACGAGGAGCCAAAAAAUUGGUCAGUGAGGCACUGAUCAACCACAGACAGGGCUCAAUGCACCCUGAAGCCGCGGCGCGGCUUAGUUUUUUAUGUAGAACGUGGGUGUAUAUGGAUGUCAUCGCUCGCCUGACUUCUCUCGACGGUGAUGAAUCCGAAGACUUUGACACCGUUCUCAGCCCUCUGUGCGGACCAUCAGCUCCCAAUCAAGGCAUUGAUCCAUUGAUGGGCUGUGCCAGUACGCUAUUUCCACUUAUCGGUCGUGUUGCGAACCUCAUCCGAAAAGUGCGCACGUCGGGAGAGAAUUCUUUGCCAAUGGUCUCUCAGGCCAGCGAACUAAAAGACUCCAUCGAAAAGUGGGAAGCCCCGGUGAUGUUUGAAGCACCAGAAGACCAGUCGACGGAGAUCAAACACAGCCAACGAACGGCAGAAGCAUACCGUUGGGCCACCCUUCUGUACCUUCACCAAGCGGUUCCGGAGAUUUACUCUGGGUCAGUGACUGAACUAAUAGCUGCGAUGGCGAAAGAAGUCUUGAACCACCUCGCUAACGUCCCGCCCACUUCACGAGCGGUCAUAAUUCACAUCUUUCCUCUCUUAGCCGCUAGCUGCGAGGUCAUUGGUGCAGAAGACCGCAAAUGGGUGGCAGAUCGAUGGGAGGCGAUGAUGGCACGUAUGAAUAUACAGAACCUCGACAAAUGCUGGAUCGUCGUCAAGGAAGUCUGGGAGCGUCGCGACAACCGUGAACAAGAGCGGCGCCGACAACGACAUCGAGCUGCUGCUGAUCAUUUGCUGACAGGUUAUAUGCCUACCAAAUGUAUGAAGAGGAAAUCAAGCUCUGGGGAUGAUAACGUCCAUGAUGCCAACUCAAAUGAUGGGAGUACACGUAGAGUAACACAGAACACGAGGCCCUCACCGUCGAGCAGGUCAAGAUCUGGCAUGCUCCGCAAAGAUUCGUCAGGUACCGCACCAGGAGGUCUCGAUUACGAAUUGACGGUCCGUGGGGACUUGCACUGGGCCGGUGUGAUGAAGGAUUGGAAGUGGGAAGUCCUUCUCGGAUAG